AUGGCCCUGUGUCUUUUAUCUUUUCUAAAGCGAAGUUUGGAUCGAUUACUCAACACAAAAGCCUUGGCAGAGAAUGCAAAUCAUGAGUACUCAUGCGAAGAAGAAGCCAUGCCUAUACCUUACCUUCCCCAACAAGUCUUCGUGGAAAUACUCUCAAAGCUGUCCGUCAAGUCUCUGUUGAAAUUCAAGUGCGUGUCGAAGUCAUGGCGCUCUUUGAUAUCCGACUCCCACUUCAUCAAAACCCACCUCAAUCAAAACCAAACACGGCGGAUACUCAUAGCCAAAUCCAACUACCAAUGCAGUCUCUACACCGCAAGCUUCGGAUCAGCCAGUAAUGACAUUGUAGUAGAAAAGAUUGAUUUUGUUGUUCAAAACAAUCCUCAUCCUCAGUGUCAAAUCAUUGGUUCUUGCAAUGGGUUGAUAUGCCUGGAGGUAGAUUUUCAAUUCAUAUAUGUAUUCAAUCCUUCGACGAGGGAGUCCAAGCCAAUACCAGAUUGCAAUUUUCUUUGUAACGUUGGAUUUGGCUAUGACCGUUGUUCUGAUGAUUACAAAUUGGUUAAAAUAACCAGCAAUAGCAUUUCUGUAUAUUCACUGAGAAUGGGUUGUUGGAGAAAAGUUCUAGACUUCCCCAAGUACACUGUUAAUGUUUUAGAUUUUGGGAUACAGCUGAAUGGAGACAUUCACUGGUUUUGUUUGAAAGACUAUCGAGACGAGCCAUUAGAGAUCGCUGCUUUUAGUUUGGUGGAUGAGAAACUGUGGAGGAUUCCUUUGCCUACUUCCUUCACCGGUUAUGAUGAUGUAUCACCCCAACUAGGGGUGUUUGAAGGAUGCCUUUGUAUACUACCAUGUCGCGAUGACAAAUUUUGGGUUAUGAAGGAAUAUGGGGUUAAGCAGUCUUGGACUAAAUUUGAUAUUAAAAACCCAUUUCCAGAUAGCUUGCAGGUAUUGGCUUUGUUGAAUUAUGAUGAAGAUUUGCUGUUGCUAGCCCACUGGAGUAAGUUGGUUUUAUACAACAAAAGAGCGGGAACAUAUAGGAACCUUGUCAUACCUAACAUGGAAGAAUGUGAUCUGGACUUUCAUCAUGCAAUGAUCUAUGUAGAUAGUCUUGUAUCACCUAGGCAAACAAAUGAAAUUUAG